AUGAAUGAAGGAAAUUUCUCUGAAGUGUCUGAAUUUAUAUUCCUGGGACUAUCAAUCUACAGACCAACACAACACUUCCUCUUUGCACUCUCUACAAUAUCAUACGCAACAAUUUUCCUAGGAAAUUUCUCAGUUGUGUUUACAGUGAUCUUUGACCCUCAUUUACAUUCGCCCAUGUACUUCCUUUUAGCUAACCUUUCAUUCGUUGACUUCUACUUCUGUUUUUCUACGUCAACAGUUCCUAAGUUGAUUUCUGACCUGUACUUGGGACACAGUAUCAUUUCAUUCCAGGGCUGUAUAUUCCAGAUGUUUAUCCUUCAUCUCCUGGGAGGAUGUGAGAUGGUGUUGCUGGUAGCCAUGGCUUGGGACAGAUAUGCAGCCAUAUGCAAGCCUCUCUACUACAUGACCAUCAUGAGCCCACGGAUGUGCAUUAUACUCCUGAUUGGUGCCUGGGUUAUUGGUCUCAUUCAUUCAGUAGCUCAAUUAGCUUUUGUUGUCCAUUUGCCUUUUUGUGGUUCUAACGAGAUAGAUAGUUUUUACUGUGAUCUUCCAAGGUUCAUCAAAUUGGCCUGCGUAGACAACUACAGAAUGGAGUUCUUAGUUACAGCUGACAGUGGAUUAAUUUCUCUCAGUACCUUCUUCUUAUUGAUUGUCUCCUAUAUCUUUAUACUGUUUACUGUAUGGAAUCAGUCCCUUGGCAGUUUGUCCAAGGCCCUCUCUACACUUUCUGCUCACAUCUCGGUGGUGAUUUUGUUCUUUGGACCAUGCAUCUUUGUGUACAUGUGGCCAUUUCCUACUGUGCCAGUGGACAAGUUUCUUGCCAUCCUGGACUUCAUGAUUACGCCCAUCCUGAAUCCAGUAAUUUACACUCUCAGGAACAAAGACAUGAAGGUGGCAAUGAAGAGACUGAGUAAUAAGAUACUGAACAGCAAAAUUGUUUGCUAA